UCUAAUUCUGGUAAUUAAGUUUUAGUAACAGUAACCUCUAGGAAUGAGCUGUAAAAUUAUUGUGGAUUCUUUCAAUGAUCCAACGUACCUCCAUGGAAGUGUGAUAUGUUAUAUUCCCAAAACCAUAAAAAUAAGAGAAGUCAGAUGUAUAUUGAAAGGUAAAGAAUACACCAGCUUUCAGCAAGGUGAAUAUGCUUUUUAUGGAAAAAAUAUAUUUCUAUUAAGAGAAGUCGUUUUAUACAAUAGAGAUACAAUUGAAGCUGGCACAUACCGAUUUCCAUUUGAAUUCCGAUUACCUCCAGAUCUACCAAAUUCUCUUCAAAUGAAACAUGGAUGCAUAAAAUAUACUCUUAAAGCAUAUGUAGAUAUACCACUUAGUUUUGACUACAUAGAAAAAAUUGGAGUAUUGUUUUCCCAUCCGGUUGAUUUAAAUGUUCAACAUGGGAUAUUAUUGGGAAAUAUUACUUACGAAUGGGAGGAAAAAAUGAAUUGGAUAUCAUGCUUCGCAUGCUGCGAUAAUGGACUUUCGACAAUGAGAUGCACUUUACAGGAAAAAAACGCUUACGUUUCAGGCGAAGUGUUAAACAUGUUUGUAGAUGUCAAGAAUAUUAGUAAGACAAAUAUGCAACGAUUGGACGUUACUUUAACAAGGAUAACAACUUUCAAGGUUCAUGGGGGAAACUGUGUAACACAAAAAAGAUUUUUAGCAUUCCAAACGUACGAUGGAGUCAGCUCUAAUACUCAACGUUCUUACUCCAUUGAUUAUCGAAUUCCACAAUCCAUUGUUCCCAACAAUUUUUUCUGGUGUAAAUUAAUUGAAGAAGUUUUUAGACUAAGAGUGGUGGGUGUAUAUCCUUCUUGUUAUGACGAUUUAAUUGUGGAUUUCUAUCUCGUUAUAGGACAGAUUCCUCUGAAUAAUUUAGCAGAGGAUGAAGAAACAACACGGACGAAUUAACUAGUUACUCAAGAUUAAAAGAGCAAAUGGAUGUUCUCUAGACAUCUUCUAUAAUAUUAAUAUAUUAACUAAAAUAAAGUGAUAAAAAACCCAAAGUACCUAGGCCUUUAAAAAAAUUACGUUGUUGGAGAUCACAAUUAUUUUUCUUUGGCCUACUUUAGGAAUCCUUUUUUUUGUAAAUCAUAUAUUAAUAUAUAAUAAUAUUGCACAAUAAAUGUUCGAUAUUUAUAUUUUCAUGCUAGUUAUUGUUCUACAGUGUUUUAAAACAAAAAAGGUGCUAUUUCUUCCAUUUGUUAAAUUUUGUUUGUACCACCAAAGGCAAUGAUAAAAUUUGGUGUCAACUUAGGAAACCUGUUAAGAGUUUAAAAGUUUGUA